AUGCCUCCGCUGGUCCACCCGAACGCGUCGAUCCUCUCCACCGGCGAGGUCAUCCUGCGGGAUCCGACCACCGGCCGCUCCCACCUCUUCCCGCCGGCCAUCGUCGUCCUCUUCCUCAGCCUCGACAAGGACUUGCGCCGCCGCCCGUUCAGCAAAGAACGGCAGCCCGUCCCGGCCGGCUACGAGGACUUUCAGUACCUCUGGUCCCUGGACACAGCCAAUCAGUACCAGCUCUCCGCUCUGGACGACCCGCCCGAGACGAUUCAUACCACUCGGAAGCCCUCCAUCCCGACGUCUACCAUCCUCCCCCACGGCGAUCCGUCCCAGGCGUCCGCUCCACGCCCGGCCGAGGAGGAGGACCUUAUGCGCCGUCUCCUCUUGAACGCCGCCAAGCAGACCUUGAACGCGCAAGAGAGCGCUCGCCUUGGGUUCGAGUCCCGCGAGGCCAACCGCCAGCACAAGAAGCGCAGCGCCGCCUGGGCUCAGGCCAUGGGAGCAGGACCAUCGAACACGGGCGUCCUGGAGGAGGACAACCGUCGUCGUGGGCGCAAGCGUCAGCGGCAAGCGUCUCCGGCCCCAGGCGAGGCGGCCGGACAUCCCAUCUUCGUGCCGGACCACACUCCGGAUCCGGGCGAGGUCGGACACCCCAUCUUCGUUCCAGACGACACUCCCGCUCCGCAGGCGAAUAUGUUGGCCGCGGUGCCGGACGAGGUGGACGCGGUGGACGCAGCGGUGGAGAUGGACGAGCUCAUCGACGACCCUCAACUCAUGCUCGCUGCUGUCGCUGUGGGCGUUGAGGACUUGACCGCCGGGCUCGACUUGGAGGACAUCGAUAUCCUGGGCGACGCGGCCCUCUUCGAUUAG